AGCCUCUUCGGCUUGCGCGGGGGCUACUGCGUCUCGCCGGCGGAAAAUAAGUCCCUAAGUUGGUGCUGAGGGCGCCCCUGCCUUCCUCCUCUUCCUCGGAGGCGACAGCAGCAGAAACACGCCCCGGGAACCCGGCUUUGCCAGUGCUGAGAACCAGGGUGUCCAGGCGCUCUCCGGACUCCCGCCGGGAAGUGGGGAACCGAACGCCCGGCUCGGCUCCCGCAGCAAACCGCCCGGAGGGAGCUGGCUUUGCCCGCCCGCGCCUCUCUCGGCCGGGGACCGUGGGGAUCCCCGGCCACACGCGAGCGCCCGCUCCCACACUCACUCACACACACACUGGCCUUCAAACACACCAGCCCGGAGCUGGGCUGCGGAAAGGGUGCUCCGGCGCGCUCAGAGGACCGGGCGGUUGCCGUCCGGAGUGGGGCAGCGAGCAGAGCUCGGGCUCUUGGAGGGGGGCUCCUAGGGCUUGGCCGGAUCAUGGGACCUGGUGAGCGCUGAGAAUCGCGGCCGCAGCCAUCAGCCCUGGAGAUGACCAGGAGCGGCCACUGCUGAGAACUAUGUGGAGAGAGGCUGCGAGCCCUGCUGCAGAGCCUCCGGCUGGGAUAGCCGCCCCCCGUGGGGGCGAUGCGGACAGCGCGGGACAGCCAGGGGAGAGCGCGGGGGCCGCAGCAUGCGGGAACCCGCUAAACCCGGUGGCUGCUGAGGCGGCCGAGAUGCUCGUGUGCGCAGCGCGCCCCACUGCAUCCUCGACCUUCUCUGGCUACAGGGACCGUCAGUGGCGACUAUGGGCAGAGUGGGCUAUUGGACCCUGCUGGUGCUGCCGGCCCUUCUGGUCUGGCGCGGUCCGGCGCCGAGCUCGGCGGCGGAGAAGGGUUCCCCCGCGCUGAAUAUUGCGGUGAUGCUGGGUCACAGCCACGACGUGACGGAGCGAGAACUUCGAACCCUGUGGGGCCCCGAGCAGGCUGCGGGGCUGCCCCUGGACGUGAACGUGGUAGCUCUGCUGAUGAACCGCACCGACCCCAAGAGCCUCAUCACGCACGUGUGUGACCUCAUGUCCGGGGCGCGCAUCCACGGCCUCGUGUUUGGGGACGACACGGACCAGGAGGCCGUGGCUCAGAUGCUGGAUUUUAUCUCCUCCCAGACUUUCGUCCCCAUCUUGGGCAUUCAUGGGGGCGCAUCUAUGAUCAUGGCUGACAAGGAUCCAACGUCUACCUUCUUCCAAUUUGGAGCGUCCAUCCAGCAACAAGCCACAGUCAUGCUGAAGAUCAUGCAGGAUUAUGACUGGCAUGUCUUCUCUUUGGUGACCACCAUUUUCCCUGGCUACAGGGAGUUCAUCAGCUUUGUCAAGACCACAGUGGACAAUAGCUUUGUGGGCUGGGACAUGCAGAAUGUGAUCACACUGGACACUUCCUUUGAGGAUGCCAAGACGCAAGUCCAGUUGAAAAAGAUCCACUCUUCUGUCAUCUUGCUCUACUGUUCCAAAGACGAGGCUGUCCUCAUUCUGAGUGAGGCCCGCUCUCUUGGCCUCACCGGGUAUGAUUUCUUCUGGAUUGUCCCCAGCUUGGUCUCCGGGAACACGGAGCUCAUCCCCAAAGAGUUUCCAUCAGGACUCAUUUCCGUCUCCUAUGAUGACUGGGACUACAGCCUGGAGGCGAGAGUGAGGGAUGGCAUUGGCAUCCUCACCACCGCUGCAUCUUCUAUGCUAGAGAAGUUCUCCUACAUCCCCGAGGCCAAGACCAGCUGCUACGGGCAGAUGGAGAGGCCAGAGGUCCCGAUGCACACCUUGCACCCGUUUAUGGUCAAUGUGACAUGGGAUGGCAAGGACUUAUCCUUCACUGAGGAAGGCUACCAGGUGCACCCUAGGCUGGUGGUGAUUGUGCUGAACAAAGACCGGGAAUGGGAAAAGGUGGGCAAGUGGGAGAACCAGACGCUGAGCCUGAGGCACGCCGUGUGGCCCAGGUACAAGUCCUUCUCCGACUGUGAGCCGGAUGACAACCAUCUCAGCAUCGUCACCCUUGAGGAGGCCCCAUUCGUCAUCGUGGAAGACAUAGACCCGCUGACUGAGACAUGUGUGAGGAACACCGUGCCCUGUCGGAAGUUCGUCAAAAUCAACAAUUCGACCAAUGAGGGGAUGAAUGUUAAGAAAUGCUGCAAGGGGUUCUGCAUUGAUAUUCUGAAGAAGCUUUCCAGAACUGUGAAGUUUACUUACGACCUCUACCUGGUGACCAAUGGGAAGCAUGGCAAGAAAGUUAACAAUGUGUGGAAUGGAAUGAUUGGUGAAGUGGUCUAUCAACGGGCAGUCAUGGCGGUUGGCUCGCUCACCAUCAACGAGGAACGUUCUGAAGUGGUGGAUUUCUCUGUGCCCUUUGUGGAAACGGGAAUCAGUGUCAUGGUUUCAAGAAGUAAUGGCACCGUCUCACCUUCUGCUUUUCUAGAACCAUUCAGCGCCUCUGUCUGGGUGAUGAUGUUUGUGAUGCUGCUCAUUGUUUCUGCCAUAGCUGUUUUUGUCUUUGAAUACUUCAGCCCUGUUGGAUACAACAGAAAUUUAGCCAAAGGGAAAGCACCCCAAGGGCCUUCUUUUACAAUUGGAAAAGCUAUAUGGCUUCUUUGGGGCCUCGUGUUCAAUAACUCCGUGCCUGUUCAGAAUCCUAAAGGGACCACCAGCAAGAUCAUGGUAUCUGUAUGGGCCUUCUUCGCUGUCAUAUUCCUGGCCAGCUACACAGCCAAUCUGGCCGCUUUCAUGAUCCAAGAGGAAUUUGUGGACCAAGUGACUGGCCUCAGUGACAAAAAGUUUCAGAGACCUCAUGACUAUUCCCCACCUUUUCGAUUUGGGACAGUCCCUAAUGGAAGCACGGAGAGAAACAUUCGGAAUAACUACCCCUACAUGCAUCAGUACAUGACCAAAUUUAAUCAGAAGGGAGUAGAGGAUGCCUUGGUCAGCCUGAAAACGGGGAAGCUGGACGCUUUCAUCUACGAUGCUGCAGUCUUGAAUUACAAGGCCGGGAGGGAUGAAGGCUGCAAGCUGGUGACCAUUGGGAGUGGGUACAUCUUUGCCACAACUGGUUAUGGAAUUGCCCUUCAGAAAGGCUCUCCUUGGAAGAGGCAGAUCGACCUGGCCUUGCUUCAGUUUGUGGGUGAUGGUGAGAUGGAGGAGCUGGAGACCCUGUGGCUCACAGGGAUCUGCCACAAUGAGAAGAACGAGGUGAUGAGCAGCCAGCUGGACAUUGACAACAUGGCGGGCGUGUUCUACAUGCUGGCCGCGGCCAUGGCCCUUAGCCUCAUCACCUUCAUCUGGGAGCACCUCUUCUACUGGAAGCUGCGCUUCUGUUUCACAGGCGUGUGCUCCGACCGGCCUGGGUUGCUCUUCUCCAUCAGUAGGGGCAUCUACAGCUGCAUUCACGGAGUGCACAUUGAAGAAAAGAAGAAGUCUCCAGACUUCAAUCUGACAGGAUCCCAGAGCAACAUGUUAAAACUCCUCCGGUCAGCCAAAAACAUUUCCAACAUGUCCAACAUGAACUCCUCAAGAAUAGACUCACCCAAAAGAGCUGCUGACUUUAUCCAAAGAGGUUCCCUCAUCAUGGACAUGGUUUCAGAUAAGGGAAAUUUGAUGUACUCGGACAAUAGGUCCUUUCAGGGGAAAGAGAGCAUUUUUGGGGACAACAUGAACGAACUCCAAACAUUUGUGGCCAACCGGCAAAAGGAUAACCUCAAUAACUAUGUUUUCCAGGGACAACAUCCUCUUACUCUCAAUGAGUCCAACCCUAACACAGUGGAGGUGGCCGUGAGCACAGAAUCCAAAGUGAACUCUAGACCCCGGCAGCUUUGGAAGAAAUCCAUGGAUUCUAUACGCCAGGAUUCACUAUCCCAGAAUCCAGCCUCCCAGAGGGAUGAGGGGACAGUGGAGAAUAGGACCCACUCCCUAAAGAGCCCUAGGUAUCUUCCAGAAGAGAUGGCCCAUUCUGACAUUUCAGAAACGUCGAGUCGGGCCACGUGCCACAGGGAACCUGACAACAAUAAGAACCACAAAACCAAGGACAACUUUAAGAGGCCAGUGGGUUCCAAAUACCCCAAGGACUGUAGCGAGGUCGAGCGCACCUACCUGAAAACCAAAUCAAGCUCCCCCAGAGAUAAGAUCUACACUAUUGAUGGUGAGAAGGAGCCUGGUUUCCACUUAGAUCCACCCAAGUAUGUUGAAAACGUGACCCUGCCCGAGAACGUGGACUUCCCAGACCCCUACCAGGAUCACAGUGAAAACUUCCGCAAGGGAGACUCCACGCUGCCAAUAAACCGGAACCCCUUGCAUAACGAAGAGGGGCCUCCCAACAAUGAGCAGUAUAAACUCUACUCCAAGCACCUCACCUUGAAAGACAAGGGUUCCCCACACAGUGAGACCAGCGAGCGAUACCGGCAGAACUCCACGCACUGUAGAAGCUGCCUUUCCAACCUGCCCACCUAUUCAGGCCACUUCACCAUGAGGUCCCCCUUCAAGUGCGAUGCCUGCCUGCGGAUGGGGAACCUCUAUGACAUCGAUGAAGACCAGAUGCUUCAGGAGACAGGUAACCCAGCCACCCGGGAGCAGGUCUACCAGCAGGACUGGGCACAGAACAAUGCCCUUCAAUUACAAAAGAACAAGCUAAGGAUUAGCCGUCAGCAUUCCUACGAUAACAUUGUCGACAAACCUAGGGAGAUAGACCUUAGCAGGCCCUCCCGGAGCAUAAGCCUCAAGGACAGGGAACGGCUUCUGGAGGGAAAUUUUUACGGCAGCCUGUUUAGUGUCCCCUCAAGCAAACUCUCGGGGAAAAAAAGCUCCCUUUUUCCCCAAGGUCUGGAGGACAGCAAGAGGAGCAAGUCUCUCUUGCCAGACCACACCUCCGAUAACCCUUUCCUCCACUCCCACAGGGAUGACCAACGCUUGGUUAUUGGGAGAUGCCCCUCGGACCCUUACAAACACUCGUUGCCAUCCCAGGCGGUGAAUGACAGCUAUCUUCGGUCGUCCUUGAGGUCAACGGCAUCGUACUGCUCCAGGGACAGUCGGGGCCACAAUGAUGUGUAUAUUUCGGAGCAUGUUAUGCCUUAUGCUGCAAAUAAGAAUAAUAUGUACUCUACCCCCAGAGUUUUAAAUUCCUGCAGCAAUAGACGCGUGUACAAGAAAAUGCCUAGUAUCGAAUCUGAUGUUUAAAAAUCUUCCAUUAAUGUUUUAUCUAUAGGGAAACAUACGUAAUGACCAACGUUCUGGAGGGUAAAUGUUGGAUGUCCAAUAGUGCCCUGCUAAGAGGAAGAAGAUGUAGGGAGGUAUUUUUUUUUGUUGUUGGCUCUUUUGCACAUGGCUUCAUGCCAUAAUCUUCCACUCAAGGAAUCUUGUGAGGUGUGUGCUGAGCAUGGCAGACACCAGAUAGGUGAGUCCUUAACCAAAAAUAACUAAACACAUAAGGGCAAGUCUCUGGGAAAUGCCUACUAGGUAUGUUGGCAAUAAUGAUGCAUUGGAUGCCAAUGGUGAUGUUAUCAUUUCCUAUAUUCCAAAUUCCAUUAAGGUCAGUCCACCAUGUAAUUUUCUCAUCAGAAUGCCUAAUGGUUUCUCUAAUACAGAAUAAGCAAUAUGGUAUGCAUGUAAACCUGACACAGACAAAAUAAAAACAGUUAAGAAUGCAUCUGCACUGUAGUGAGAUUGACAUGUGCAAGAGAUUAGGAAGUUUGGCUCGUAACAGUUUCAGCUUUCUUGUUAUGCCUUCCAUCACAGCCCAGGCUCACCCCAAGAACUCCAGGCUCCCCCAAAGAAUAGCAAAUCAGUGUGCUCAUGGUGACUAUGCUACCUUCAUUAUAGUUCAUUUCCAAGACACAUCUGGAGCCAAAGGCCCGAGGGACCCUCAGGCGGAGAGAGAGCUACAGGAAUCUCUUUGGAUGUUGAUGUGUGUUUCUCUCACCCUCGGCUUCGAUGGUCUUGUUCAGAGCUGCAUAAACUAACACAUUUAUGUCUCCGAGCUCUAAGUGUGGAUCUUCUGUCUGUGACACAGUGGCCAUUGUAGUUUAUCCUGAAGACGCCUAUGUACGUAAGUUUGCAUUUCCUCCCUUCUGGUGAUGACUCAGGGUUGUAUAGUAUCUGUUACCCCUUCCCUCCCAGAGUGACCAUAACUCGUUCAGUUUCCAAACAGCCAUGUUGGUGUCCAGUUAGCUGUGUAUCGCUCUUCCCAGAGUUGUUAAUGUGGUGACAUGCACCAACAGCCGUGUGUCUACUGUGAUCUGUAAGAAGUGCAAUGCCAUCUGUCUGCCGAAGGCUAGCAUGAUUUUAGGUUAAUCUUCCUUCACAUCAAGAAAUUCUGUUCCACUCACUUCCACCCCAACCUCCUCACAUCAAAAGUCUUCAACACAUGAGACACUCUUGCAUCUACCCUGAGUAUCCUCCAAACUGUGGAUAGACUUUAGUUAGACAGGUGAUUUCUCCCUUCUGAAUUAUUCUCUCUAUUGGUGACAAACUGCUUCAUAGCACCAACAGAGAUAUAGGGAAAAUUCCUCAAAGCAUUUGUCAUUUCUGAGUCACCUGUAUUAUCCAUUCUUAUUCUUACACCUGUGUGUAUAUGAAAUGAAACAAUACCCAUUUUUUAAAAAGUUAGAGCCAGAGAGGGGAAUACUUAUGCAUGGGGAGCCUGUUAGCACAGUGCCUGCUACGAAAAAAAAAAGUGCCCCCCACAAGAUAGUUGCUAUGUUAUGACACUUUAUCAGAUCAGGAUUUUCUAGUUUAAACAUUAAAUUUCAUAAAACCAGCAAAUAAUACUAACUAAACCUUUUAUAUAGUCUACUCUGUUAAUUAGUAUAUUUCAUGUACAUGAAUAUUUUUGAAGUAUUUGGGAUAACUAGCCAUCUGUGUUUGCAGAAGACCUCAGUCUGUUUAGGAUCAUGCUAGGGAAACCUAAGCUAAUAUAGACUCAUCGGGCCAUUUCCUGGUUUCCUCCUGCAUUCUGUUUUACGUUCUUGAAGAAAGGGAUAAAGUGACGGGUUGAAAAAUGAUCCCAUUUCUUCUCCUCAUGGUGUGUGUUCUGUUUUGUAUUAUUUUCUUGCACGUGGGAAAGUGCCAGGGAUGACUCUCUUAAAGCUCCAGGAUAUGUGGAAUAGCUCCAUCUUUGGGAAAGUACACCUAGCCUACAAUGUUCCUAUAAUGAUGAAAACUGGUUGCAAUCAAUUUCAGGGUCAGUGGUAGAGAAGACAGUGGGAAUCAGUGGGCCAGAGGGUCUUCCUUUCCUUUUUGAAAGGGAGAAGGGGCUGAUUAGGUACUGGGGACACAUGUGCUUGAAAAUGAUACUUUAUUCCCGGAUGCUGUACCUCUAUUGCCCCAAGAUCCAACAAUAGAGAAGUCUGGAUUGAAGGGCCUAGAAUAGUCACCCCAACUUCUGAUCCUAAAUCUAAAUUUCCGUGACUGUGUAGUCUUUCAGCCCUUUCUACCUUCUGCUCUUCUACUACGUUCCAGACCUGCAUCCACCCCAGCAAGGAUCACCUCCAUUUCCUCACAAUUCUGAGCUGUUUUGACAUGAAUGAAUUAAAAAGUUUCCCCAGAAUAUAGAUCAGUGAUUUGUCAUCAAGACAAAGAGGCUUUCUGUCUUCCUCUGACAUCCUCUAAACCCAGAGGGCUGCCAUAUGCCACAGAGGCCUUCAAGGAGAGUGAGAGUUAUACUUGGACUGACUUCAUCGGUCAAAAAGCCUUCCCCUAACAGCAGCAUUAUUUCAGCUAUUCACCCCAUACAUCUCUGGAUAAAGAAACUGAAAACGUGGCGUUUGGAAGAACCAACAGUAAUGUGAAAAAAAAAAAAACUAUACUUUUUUUUUUUAUUACCCAAAGUGUUUUUUUAAUAAAUAAUCAGAAAUUUUAUGCUACAUAAAGUUUUUGGUUUCCCUUCUCUACUAAUUGACUCACUCUUCAACAUGAUGAUGCCAAACCAAAGGAAAAAAAAAAUCAAACACUGAUCAGAUGGUUAAUUUCUAAGGGAAAGAUGUAGAGUUAUUCAAAAGUCAUCUAAGUUAGUUCAGUUUUUGCAAAAAGAAUAUCAGGAAUGUAAUGUCCAGUGGUAAAUGGAACCCACAGUAUGAGAAGUAACAAAAAUUAAAUAGGAAGCCUGGGACUAUAGAUCCAUCACAAAAGAUUCCUGCAACAUAUCCCAGCUCUGAAAUCUUAGAUUUGUUGUUGGAAAGGAGCCCAAAUCUCUGCACACAAAUGCCUGAGUUCAGCUGGCUUAAGUCAGAGCUGGCAUCCAUAAUGAUAUUUUGUUAACUCUGGUUUUCCCCACUUGAAAAGGACCCAGCUGGUCCUCAGAUAGGUAUACUUGAAUGCAGAUGGUUGGGUCUCUGUCCAUGGAUAAUAGCACGCACAUGCAACCAAUUUGAAAUACUCUGUGUAAGAGAAUCUUCUAGAGCACAAACUCUACUUGAGAAACCUUUGUGUUUCUGGAAAGUGAGUUUCAUCAUCUUUACAUCUGCAGGUUCUUAGGCCACUUAUGGUUUCAAUGCUCUGAGCUGGCAAGUCCCUAGAGGUCUAUCUUUCUGCCAGGGAGACAUGCAGGAUUAUAAUCUCACCGCUCAUUACUCUUAUGUCCUCUGCAAAUCUCUCUGCAUUAUUUUAGCCAGCACCAUGACUGGGCAUCCACGGAUUACUCUUGGCUUUCUCUUCCCUGCUUCAUAGGGUUCCUGAGAGUCUUAGUAUUUAGCUUUUCUGGAGAAAGCAUUAAAAUUCACCCAUUGCAGCAAAAUCUGUCAAAUCAUUUCAUGCUUAUUUUCUGGGGAGAAAAAAAGAAAAUUACACCUUGUUUACAAAUGAAAUAGUUUCACUUAAAUGGGACUCUAGCCAAGGCAGUUAAUUAGUCAAGAGAUCCACGGCUGUCAUAUAGUCACACAUUGUUUAUUCUAUUUGAUAUGUCGACCACUGAUGUGUAUUUAAUAUUCUGCAUCCUUCUCAGGAAAUGACAAAUGCCCUGAAUUAUUUGCAAAUAGAAUUGCUAAUGAAAAAGAAAAAAAAACUGUUGAUGUUAAUUAAAUGGUGAUUAAAAAUUUAUCUCCUUUAAAUCUAAAAAGUGCAGCUUUAAUAAUCAGUUGUCAUAUAAAUAAGUACCUUGUACUGAAAUCCCUUGUGGUUUAAGACCUAAAUAAACACUAAUUUGAGAAAUCUAAAUACCUUACAGAGGAGCUGGAUAUAUUCAUUAACAUUAUGCACAUUCCUGUACUGUUUUUUUGUGCAUAUCUGUUGUGCAUGAAUCCUUGAAAAGGGGACAUGAGUUGUUUCUGAAAUGGAGCCUGUUUGUAUUAACCAUGGCUAUCAUAGACAUAAUUGGACUCAAUGAAAAAAAAAUUGAGUAGGUGGAAGCUAAAUGUGUUAGUUCAUAUUUAAUAUGAGUGAAGGGUUCUAUGUAAAGGCAAUUUUCCUUCCAAAAGUACUGUUUAUUUUUGCUGGAGACAAAAUUAGACCUUUCCAGAUACCCCAUCUCCUUUUGGUGAGCAGGGUUGAAAGUGAUGUGGGGUCUAUACUUGAAAAGUUCUCCCAAUAUGCAGUUACUGUUUCCCAUUCAAUCCCUAUACAUUGUACUGUGUUCAUAUCUAAUUGUAUCAGAUGAGGUCAGCUUGCCACUUGAUAUAGAUCAGAGAUGAUCAAAUGCACUUAUCCUGUGAAUACAACUGCUUGAUUUCUACAAUUCACACAUAAGUGUAUUAUCCAAAUAAAAUUGUACAUAUUGUAAAGUUUAUGUUAAAAAUUAAAUGGUGAUGAUGGUAUUAACACAUGGAAAACCCAUUCUGGCUAUUUUUAUGGGAGGAUAUUUCUGUAGAGAGGGCACUAUAUUUUUUUAAUCUCAGUUGUAGGGAGGAUGAUGGAGCCUAAGUAGAAUUUGGGUGUUGGCGUUCUUGGCCCCUUCUUUAAAAAACAAAACUCUGGGAUGAGGGGAACAGAAUAUAUUCUGCUCACAUUUGCUCCUAAAGACAAUGCUGAUAUGGACUUGUGUGUGAUUUCUUUAAACCCUUCAAAGGAUAUAGAUUUCCUAUUUAAAUUCCUUAUCUUAUUUCCUCACCUGCAUUCUUUUCUGUGCCCAGCAGUACUUUCAGUAUAGUAUAAGCUAGAAGUGCCUGCCCAGAAGGGUCUUAGAAAACGUUUGUAGAACCACACCAAAAGUUAAGAGAAGGGAAGGAGAGAGAAGAAAAUGAAGUUUACAAAUGGGCAGUCGCCUAUUUAAAAUAAUCAAAUUAGAGAGUAUCAGAGCAAGGAUUAGAUCCAAGACAUGGUUCAAUUUCUGGCUCAGUUCUCUGACCAGGCUGAUUUAUUUCUAGAUUUCUUUUAAGGGACACUCCUGAAUACCUCUGGAAUAAGAGGCAGAGAUCCCCAUAAAGCUGACCUGGCUUUUUAUUUGUUUUAUUUUUAUUUAUUUAUUUAUUUAUUUAUUUAUUUUUGCUUCUCUCCCUAGACAGACCUACCCAUGCUUCCUUGAAUUUGGUUUUCCUUUAAACUCCCUCACAAUCCCUGUCUUAAAGUUCCUAGAAGAUAGUAAACUUUUUUCAGAGACCAUCUCCUUAAGAAGAAUCAACAAGGGAUAUUAUUUAAAACCUCAAACUGAAGAUAAAGGCUGGCAGUGACCACUGAAAUAAUUUAGUUCUAUGUACCAUGCAUUGAGGAUAAACCAGCACAUUGAGCAGCUAAUAGAAUUUCACUGAAUGUCCACUUUACUUUGAAAGCCAGUUUGGGAUUGUGAGGAGGGGAUGAAAAAUUAAUGGAAAAUACAGUCUCUUCCCACAAGUAGCUUAUGGUUUAGAAGUUCAGUUCUCUGAUACAAAAGAUAACCGAGGACCCGUGAAAUGCAAACAGAGACUAAACAGCAAAAAUUAGAAAUGACAACUAAAGUUGUUGCCAUGAAAAAAAAAUUAAUCUGAUUCUACGAGCAAAUUUCUUUUUUAAGAAAAAAUCCUUCCCCAAAUUUUUAAGUAACUCUGGAGAAUAGAGUUAGUGCUCCUGGAAAUGCACUUGAUUUAUUUUAAUCUUCAAAGAAAGUGCUUAGGAAACCCAGGAGCCACUAACCAGGUGAACACCUUCACACGCCUACAUUUUUGCACAGGCAGGCUUGGGUCUGGUUCCAAACCAGUUCUCCAAUCCUUGCCAAAUCAUGCCUUCUCCCAGCCUUGCAUUAUGACACGUGCCUCAAGAAAAGGUUGAAAAAAUUCCCCAAAGGAUUAGAAAAUAGACCAUGAUGUAAAAAGAUGAAGCAUUUCCCGAAAGCUUUUUUUGUUUGGUUUCGUUUUUGACGUUUGAAGAACCCUUUUGAUAGAUCAGGGUAUGCAUGUAUCAGGGGAGGGUGGAGGGAGAGUUCUUUGUCAAGUUCCAAGUGCCUACUGUUGUGGCUGACAAAAGAGAAAGCAUCAGGUUCCCUAGAGAGAAAACGGGGCAAAGAGAUGACAAAAAGAACAUAAGUGUAUUUCAGGAAGUAUGGCAAGGUGGAGAGGGAGCUUUUGUCACUCUGUCCAUCCCAUUCUGUGCGUUCUUGGAAUGUUAUAUUUUCUGCUUAUCGCAAGUACUUGCCGUGGACCUGCACCUGAAUUUGAAAAUAUCAAAAUAUAUCUAAAUUGAGUGUAGUCUAUAUUCUAGGCAUAUCCUAGAAUGUGAUCCUCAAAAUAACCUUAAGAUAUAAAUAUGAUUGCUCCCAUUUUACAGAUAAGGAAACUGAGGCUCAGGUUUUUCUCAGCCUCAUCAGCAACAUAAUUAGCUAGUAAAUCCCUACGUUAGACAUAGUAUUGAAGUGCCUGGUCUCCUCCAGGGAGGUCAGAAUAGAAGUCAGAAAGAGAGGUCUGCUCUUUUGAGGUUCCUAGGCUUAUACCCUUGAGUAUAAGGGCCGUUUGUCAGGGUAUUACCCCUCAUUGCCUGAUUUGGGUGUAUUGAGAAUUUCUGGGGAUCUCACCUGUGUUCAUAGUCCCUUCUGAGACUUGAACACUGAUUAUGUCUCCCUUUCAUAUGCUUGCACUCAGCAUUUUUUUUAAACUCCUGGGGAGUCAUUUUCUCUACUUAGCAUGUGCCUAAUCUUAAAUAUCUCUUUCCUAAUGUCUCAUCUUUUUAUCAGUCAACAUCAGGGCUAAUUCCAUUAAACACAUGUACAUAGUACAUGCUCUCAUAUGUGUGUGCAUACACACACACACACACACACACACACAGACACACACACACAGAACCAUGUGGCCCUCCAUUAAAGUUCUCCUAAAUAUUGUGAUCCAUGUUCAAAGAGGUGAUAUUAUUUGCAAGUUGACUGUUCCUCCUAUUUCACCUCUAUGUUUGGUUAUCUUUGCCAAGCAGACAGAAUGAGUUUUGGAGGUGGGACAGGGAAUAGGAAAUAGUUUCUGCAUGAAUGAUGGAGAGCUUUGGUAGUCAGAAUGAUUGAGGGCCAGCUAUUAAAAUGUUGUUGUUGUUUUCCUUCUUGGUCUGUUCUAUUUUUUUCUUUUCCAAAUUGUCUUGGAGAUAAUUUCCUGCUCACUAGUAUUGAGAUAGUGAUGGUUAUUCUGUUCCACUGGAGAGUGUUGAAUUGGAAUGUUUCCACUGGGCUUUACAGGUGCCCAGAGUGGCCUAGUGUUUGACGCACCCUGCAGGCAUGCGGCUGAGAAUACAUUCCUGCAUUCCCCUCUCUCCAUGUUUUAAGCCACACUCCUUUAUAUCUACUGAGAGGUGAGGGGUGCAUUAGGCCCAUUUUUAUGGACGAGGACCCUGAGGGGCGAUUUAAAGGAAUGUCUUUGUGAGAGUCUCCGUGAAUUCUCUGGAGGGUUAGCUAACUUAAAGCAAGUGAAGUCCUAGUCUCUGAGAAAAAAUUUCUCAGCUGUUUUCAUCUUUCAAGCUGGCAGUAAAAAGUCUUUUAAGAUAGAUUGUUAUUAUUUGUUUUUUGGAGAUCCCGUUGUUGGGUCUACAAGUGCAUGACAAUAUUCUCCUUGCAAUAUUGAGCUAUGCGAAAAUGGAGCACUCUAAAGAACAAUUUGACCAAUAGUGUUUCUUCUCUGGGGUUGUAUUUCAAACCAUGCAACUCUCUCCAGGGAACCAGAACUAAAUUGCUUAAAAUGAAGUCAUCCCUCAGAUUAACUUCCUCAGAUAAGGUGUCAGCAGUCUACACAAAGAAGACAAAACUGAGAUUAUCAUUCAUAAUUCUCUCUUAUGUAUUCUGUCAGUGAAACAGUGAGUUUGCAUUAUUGCAAUCCUAGAACAUUCUUCAUUAGCCCUGGGUCAUGACCUCUUCCAGUUAAUUCUCUUUCACACCUUUAGGAAAGAUUUAAGAUGAACCUUCAAUAGGAUAUUAACGUUACUCGUAGCCAAUACCACAGCUGCCUUUCAAAUUAAUAAGGUUAAUUGUUCUCCAGCAAACAUGAGUUUGUCUUUGGCGUUUUAAAAACUUCCCAUUGAUCUGACAUUUUGCUGUUUUAAGUUUUAAAGGGCUCAAAUCAAAGACUACUGAUAACUGAGCAAAGAGUGAAGGUCCAGAAAUAUGAAAACAUUGUCGUAUUUUUCCAUGAAAAAAACCAUAGCUUUUUAAAUUCAAUUGAAGUUUCUACAUUAGCCAUCUAAGACUUACUGAGUUAUUUCCAUUCUCAGUCAAGGUAAUCUGAAUGAAUGAACAGUAUUGACUUUUUAAAUCUUUUUUAAUUUUUUAAACUCUAGUUUAUUAAGUUUGUAGACCCAGCUCUGGGGCCAUGACCACUUAUAGAAUGUUUCAAUUUAAAAACAAAAGAUUCAGGCUUCUAAUUUGAGCCAAAUCCAGGUGAUCUUGUUUGAAAAUUUUGAUGAAUUUAAAAAGAUGAAAGUGUAACUUGUAACAUUCAUAUUACCCAAAUUUUUCACUGGGAAGGGAUGCUAAUUGUCUACUUAAGAUAUAAAUUCAAGAAUCACAUUUUCAUAGAAAAUGCAGAAAACUGCUUGACACAGCAAUGACAUAGCUAGAUGUGGCUCAGAUGCAGUCCAAACCUGAGGGUCCCCUAAGAUUUCCUUACCAGUUCUUUUUAACUAUGAAUCUUAAUCUUGUUCAUUCCCCUGCCAAAACAAAUUUAUAAGCUUAAACUUGCUGAAUUAAUUGGCAGAAUUCACCGUAGUUUAUAUCACCCCAGAAUGUUUAUGUGUAUGUGUUUAUGUAUAGUAUACAUAUUUUCAAGCUGAAUGUUCAGAAAAAAUAAGGUGAGUUUAUUGGUGGCUUGAAUAAGAAUUAGAUCAUAAAAAUUAUAAAUAAUGGCCUUCUCAGAAAAAGAGAGUAAAUGAUUCAUUUUUCACUCACGUAUUAAUAAAAUGACUUGUUGCAUAAUACGCAAGCUGGUCAUUGCCUGCAAGAAAGUUAACUGAAUUAAGCAGCUAUCCAGGUUUAUGUCUGAGUCCAUUUUUAACCCAAUAUGGCUAGGAUUGAACUCCAUAUGCAGAGGGUUUCUAUUCACAGCUACGUUCAAACAGAAUCUAAAACCCACAUCAGAAGUGACUUGAUCUCUUGUAUGGUGGAGCUCAAAGCAAGCUGUGUGCUCUACACUAUGGUCUUCAUUUGGGAAUUAAUGUUCACUGAUCAGCUGCAGCAGUUUAUAUCUGUCAUGUUUUAAUCCACUGCAUGAGGAAGUGCUAAUAACUGUAUUAAAUAUUUCCAAGCAUAGCUACAAAAUUACAUGUUUGCUUAACACCUUUCUAUGAUAGAGGAAGUAUAUACUAUGGUUGUCUUCUUGUAGUAUGUCUUUUAAUUUUGUUCAAUGUGUUAUCAACUGUUUUAAGGAAUGGGGAUUGAAAUGUGUGUGCAAACUGAUAUGUACAUAACUCCUGAGGCAACAGAAGUGCCCGGUCAUAUGGUGUAAAAAUGUAAAUACAGGAAAAUUUCAUUUUUCUAAUAAAGAUAAUUUCUGCCAAUUGAUAUGAAAAUGAGAA